AUGAACUGCCAGUACGCUAUCAUAGCAGUUGGGGAGAUUUUUCUGCUUGAGGUAAAUCCUUGUUCUUCUCGUGCUGUGCCGUCUGUUUCCAAGGCAAUUGAUUGUCCCUUGGCUAAAUAUGCUGCUCUUGUUAUCCCAGAACAUGUGGCUGUCAAGGAAGUAGUAAUUCCAUUCGGAAAGUGUCCAGGCUGUGAUGUGUUUCUAGGGCCUGAAAUGAGGAGCACUGGCGAGGGGAUGGGUAUUGAUUUCAUGUUACCUAUGGCAUUUGUGAAAUCUCAAAUUGCUACAGGGCAGAACCUACCACUUUCUAGCGCUGUGUUCAUCAGCUUGAAUGACUUGACGAAACUGCAUCUUGAAAAGCAUGUGCAAGCCUCUUCAGGACUCGAGUUUAGGAUUAUUUCAACUUUAGGGUCAGCUCAUUUUCUUGAUUUAAAGGGAGCACUUGUGGAUCGAGUGCUGAAUACGCACGAAGGACCCCCACAUGCUGCUGAAAUGCUUGCUAAUGAGCACAUCCAGUUGAUGAUGUUCACAAGCUGUAAUACCCGGCUAAACUUUGGAUUCGGAAAGAAUCUCCAUCGGAAUCUGGGAUAUCGAAGCUGGAAAUUUUAG